CUUCCCGUGAAGUUCCUGUUGUGUUUCUCAAACCAGGAAGAUGGGUCGGGAAUCCGCUAAAUUGUCGAUAUUUUUGAUAGCCCUUUGGCUAUAUAAUGGUGUGAGAGGUAACUCGGUCGAGCAGAAGAUUUAUGUCCUGCUCAACAACACUGCUCCGUGCGUUCGGCUGCUCAACGCCACUCACCAGAUCGGCUGCCAGUCUUCCAUCUCGGGGGACACAGGUGUCAUUCAUGUGCUGGAGGUGGAGUCAGACUUGGACUGGGUCCUAACCUCUGGACCCAACCCACCCUACAUGCUGUUGAUGGAAGCUCACCUGUUCAACAGGACCACCAUGCUGAGAUUGAAGGGUUCGCUGCGUGUGGCUGGCGUUGCCGUGGUGAUCCCCAAAUCUGGGCCCUCCCAGGGAUUCUCUCCUCACAACUCCUGCCCAAACGAGGGCACAGGCGUUUACUCGGGCGCCUAUGGUCCUCACCUGGCCGGCUGUAACGGCACAGUUUGGAACCCGCUCGGGAACGGCCUGUCCUACGAGGACUUCGACUUCCCCGUCAUCUCCCUGAGGGAAGACAACGAGACCGAGGUCAUCCGAAAAUGUUUCAGAGACCACAACGUCGGGUUGAACGGCAGCGCCCCCCGGUACCCACUGUGUGCGAUGCAGCUCUUCUCCCAUAUGCACGCCGUCACCAACACUGCCACCUGCAUGCGACGCAACGACAUCCAGACCAGCUUCAGCAUCAGCCCCGAGAUCGUGUGUGAUGCGCUCAGUGACUAUAACGUCUGGGGCUCGAUUCUGCCCAUCAACAACACGGAGAAGGGCCACAAAGAGAACCUGAGCGUGGUCGUCGCGGCAGCACGGUUCGCAGCAGGUGAACCCAACCCACCGCAGUACUAUGUUGGUGUGCCCAUGGUGAGCAAGCCGGUCAACACCGCCACGCGACUGGUGCAGUACAUCCUGGCCAAUCUCACCGGCACACGCGUCAACCUCACCCAGUCGGACUGCCAGAACCCCCGAAAAGUGGAGGGAGAGAGCAAGGAGUUGUACUACUACUUUUGGAUCCAGGGUCCCAGUUCCGCCAACGGCACAGAGGAGGAGCCUUACUGUCUGCGUGCAUCUGUGCGCCUGGUUAAGGCGCUCUCGCCUGCUUUCGAGCUGCAGAACUACAGUUCCCAUGAAUAUUCCACAUGGACGGAGUCUCGGUGGAAACUCAUCCGCGCGCGGGUUUUCCUGGUGGCCAGCCGAGAGCUGGAGAUGCUGACGCUGGGUGGCGUAGCCGUGUUGCUGGGGUCGCUCCUGGUGACGUACUUCAUCAGCUCCAAGGCUGACCUGCUCUUCAGCUCCAGCAGAGAGCCCGCUAGCGCCGCCUACUGACCCUUCUGCAGACACGCACCAGGGCGGAGACAUGCAGAUGAUGUCACACUUAAGUGACAGCCACUAUGGGACUGCUUAGAACUGGACAGGGUUUUUUUUUUUUUUUUUUUUUAACUUUGUUCAGGCUGUGAUCUGAGGGUGCAGAGAUGUUCAUAUUUCCUUGUAUUCUUUUUUUUUUUUUUUUUUAAGAAUCAUGAUUUGUUUACUGUACUUGGAUUUUAGGCACUAGGUUUGAUUUUGAUUUUGGGUGUUGAAAUUCAGUUUGAUGUGAGAUGAGUGUGUUUGUAUGUCUGCCUGUAUGUGUUUAAGUUUGUGUGUGUGUGUGUGUGUGUGUGUGUGUGUGUGUGUGUGUGUGUGUGUGUGUGUGUGUGUGUGUGUGUUGUGCGUGCGCGUGCGUGUGUGCGCGUCCGUGCACGUGCGUGUGUGUGUGUGUGUGCGUGUGUGUGUGUGAGAGAGAGAUUGUGAUGACGUGUCACAGCAGGUCUGAUGGAUGUUUUGAGCGACUGUGGGUAGAUGUUUGUGUCUGUGAUCGUUGUUUGUGAUGUAUGUCUGUGAUCUCCGCGGUGUGCCCUUGGGCUGAAGGCAUUAAUAAUGACUGCAGCACCAGAGAUGACGUGUCACCGUGGUGCUCCGAGACCAGUCCCAGCCACAGAGUCGCAUUGAGCAUUACCGGCAUUGAGCAUUAGCAUCAUCAAACGUAUCGUUGAGUUUUUAAAUCUGUGGACGUGGUGGAUUUGUGCAACGUUGGGGCGACGGGGACAGAAGCUGUAAUUAAGAGGAGGGUGUUUGUGUUUGGGCUGUGACAUGCUUUGGUACAUCUCACUGGGGAAACCAGACGUGACUGUUGCCUUGGUAACUGAAUAAAUAUGGCUUUCCAGUCA